AGAGCGUGUUUAUGGCCGUGCCUGGCGGCUCCAGCCCUUCUGCCCCCGCGCUGCCCCCCUGUGCUGGGGCUGUAGAAGCCUGACCUGCCCUCCUGCCCCCUCCCGAGCCCCCCUGAACCCCGUCCCGGAGCCGAGCCAUGGCUGCGAAGCGGCGGCAGGAGGAGCAGCACCUGAAGCUCCUGCGGGAGAUGCUGGCGCUGCCGCCCAACAGGAGCUGCUUCGACUGCGCGCAGAGAGGACCCACAUACGCCAACAUGACGGUGGGCUCGUUCGUCUGCACCACCUGCUCGGGGAUACUGCGAGGGCUCAACCCCCCGCACAGAGUGAAGUCCAUCUCCAUGACCACCUUCACGCAGCAGGAGAUCGACUUCCUACAGAAGCACAGCAAUGAGGUGUGUAAACACAUCUGGCUCGGGCUGUAUGAUGACCGGAGCUCCGCAGUUCCAGACUUCCGCGAGCCUCAGAAAGUGAAGGAGUUCCUCCAGGAGAAAUAUGAGAAGAAGAGAUGGUACGUUCCUCCAGAGCAGGCGAAGGUUCUGGCCUCCGUUCAGGCCUCCAUCUCUGGUUCCUCAGCGAGCAGCACAAGCAGCACCCCGGAGGUCCUGCCUCAGCCAAUCAAAACGCUGCAUCUAAACAAAACUCCAUCCAGCCAGUCUCAGUCUCCGGUGUCCAGCCGAGCUCAGUCCCAGCCUGCCGGGCAGGAGAAGAAGUUCGACCUUCUGUCUGAUCUGGGUGGAGAUAUCUUCGCGUCUCACUCUGCUGGAACCUCAAACUUUGCCAACUUUGCACAUUUCAACAGACCCUCAGCUCAAAACAGUUCAGUCCCAGAAUUUGCCAAGUUUGAUUCGUUUGGAAAGUCCAGUGUGUCCCAACGAUUCCACCCAUCAUCACCAUCAUCAUCGCCAUCAUCCCUUCAGCCACCCCAAACAGGAGGAAGUGUGUCGGUGCCCCCACUGCCCAGCAUGCCGCUGCCCACCGCUCCGCCCGGCCUUUCCGGGCAGGACCGCUACGCCGCUCUGGCUGAGCUGGACAGCGCCCUCAGCUCGACCCAUAAAGCUUCACAGGGUGUAUUCGAUGCUGUGCCGGGGCCUGCAGCAGCUCAGCCUCAGCCAGUACUACCCAGCAUGCAACAGGGUUUUACAGCUGCUCCUUCCACAAAUCCGUUCUUGGCUUCCGGAAUGGCUCCAGAGCCGAUGUCUACCAACCCGUUCCAGACCAACGGUAGAUCUUCAGCUUCAGGCUCCAUGAGCAUGCCGGCCGGUUUUGGGAACACGCCCAGUUACUGCCUGCCCACCAGCUUCAGCGGGACGUUCCAGCAGCCCUUCCCCGGCCAGGGACCCUUCCACCCUCUCCCCCCCGCCGCCUACACGCAGCCCAACGGUGGAUUUCCUGCUUAUGGCCAGGCCAAACCUCCGAUGACCUACGGUCAGCCUGCGAUGUCCAGUAACCCGUUUAUGAGUGGAGCUCCCGCUGGACCGUAUCCUACAGGAGGAUCCUCCACCAACCCGUUCCUCUAAACUCACCCUCACUGCUCCGCAACACCGCACACUGAAACGAUUCUGUUUUCUAUUCACUGCACUGAGCGUUUGGCCGUUAUAGAGUAGGAGAUGCGGAGAUGCAGAAGUUUUCCCUCACCUCACCCUCGUCUGUGUGUUCAGGAACAAAAAAGCGCAAAAAUCUGGAGAAAAAACUCCACGAGAUUUACACUGCCGGUCAGAAGUUUGGGGACAGGCCUUCUUUAUCAUAAAUCAGCUCUGAGCUGAUGUUUUGUGUAUAUUUAUCUUCUCAGCUUCGUCUUCAUCAGAGUAUCGUCUUGGUAUAAAUAAUGAUUUGACUGUAGUUUAAAGCUCAUAUUGAAGCUCUUUUGGUCCGAAGUUGGUUUAGACACCCGAAAGGUUUGAGUGCUGAUCAGUGACAUCACAACAAGUGGGAUAAAGUGGGGGUGGCCUUUAGGUUGAUUCCCAAAUUAGCACUGUCACUAAUAUUAGCACAGAUAUUUACACGUGUGAUACUGUUUACACCAAAUAAACCUGAUUAGGCUUCAAUAUGUUAUCAUUUUAAUGUCCUUAUAUGACGACUCCGAGCACACAUCUAAAGAAAACGUUCAAAUUGGUCAAACCAUGUAGCUAAAAUUAGUUUUUAUCACUUAAUUUGUCAUUUAUCAUUAAAUUCACUGGUAACUCUUUAGAAUAACAGGCCCUAAUAAACAGCAACUUAAAUGUGAUCCAAUAAUCAUGUAAUAGUUACAUGUUCAUUAGUAAAUGAUUCUAUUUGAAGUGUGAACCAUUAACUUAGUGACACAAUUAGCAAUUAUUUUGAAUUGUAGAAGCCUUGAUAAUUAUAGUUUGUUAAUAAUGAUUAAAUUGCUAAGCAUAAUUCAUAAAUGAUGUAACUUGAAAUAUUAAGCAUUUACUUAGCUGCAUGAAAACAGUUCAUAAUAAUUAUAAAUUAAUUAAUUGUCUGUGUUCUGUUUGUUUCUGAUGCAUAAACUUUUGAAUGCUUUAUCAUAAUUAAAGCGGCACUAUGUAAGAUUUCUUUGUUAAAACUGAAAGAAGCCUCAUUACUGAGUGAGGAGAAUAAAAACAGGCUAAAAUAUGGUGAACUGCUGCUGUGAGUCGCCCUGUAAAGCCCGAAAUAAUCACUUUAAAGUCUUUUUCACACCACGUCGUACAUCUUUACGUAUUGGCAUCUCACACAGACUCUAAAAGAAGGUCCGGUUCGAUGUUUCGGCCUCAAAUGAUCUCAAAAUCAACAUUAUACUGAAGAAAAUGUGAUGACAGUAGAAAAUUCACUCACAUCUUCAGAAGACGCUCCUUCACUGAGUUUAGACUGAGUUCUCCUUGAAUUCUCUUCUUAUUGUCAGACUCAUCCACUCGGGGCUGAAACGCAAACCACAUUAAAAAGUUUCUUGCAAUUCCACAUUUCCACCAGAGAGGUCUCCAAAUCCCCAAACCUUACAUAGUGCAGCUUUAAGUGGUUAAUACUUAAACAUGAAUCAGGCUCCUUUUGUAAGGUUGCAUCUUAUAAUAUUUUUAAGAAAUACUGUAUUAACUAAGUUACAUUGUAGUGCUUUAAUUAUUUGUAUGUCACUGAGUGAAUGGUUAAAAACUCAAAUGGUAACAUUUUAUUAAUGCACAAGUAAUGAUCAUAAUUAUUAAUUAAUAAUUAUCUUUAACAAAGGUUUGGCUUUUUUCCACACGGAACUGCUGAUUUUGGAAGAAACAGUAGGAAGGCAGAAUUUCAUUGUAAAUAAAAGUUGAAAAGUUGCAUGUAGUCAGAAAAUUCAUAUGUGUAUUAUUACACAAUCAUCCAAAGUGUAACUAUAGAAAAUUUCAUCAUGAACCUAAUUUUACUCAAAACAAAACAUACUGUAUUUAAAAUCAUUAUGGAGCUGAUUUCCCCAAACUUUUGACAGGCAGCGUGUGGCUUUGACUCAGUAAGUAAUGUUUUUACGCCUAGAAGUUAAGCUCCUCGUGCAUAUCGAUAUUUGUAAUCCUUUUAAAUGCAUUAUUUACGGUAAGAGAGUGAUGAGAAGCGGACAGGUAGUGGUCAGUUAGAGACACUGUGAAAAUGCAGAGGGAAAACGCCGACUGAGCGAAUGGUUUCUGCUCUGCAGGAGGAUUAAUUUGUGCUUUUGUAACGGCUGUAACCAAAACAGGAGGACUGUGAGGUGCUGGUUUCCCUCUGGAGGAGACGAAGACGGGCGGAUGUGAAGUAGGGCCCGACCGACGUUACCCACCCCCAGGUUCAGAAGCUAAAAGUUCUGAUAACGUCCACUUAAAUGCGGCUCUUUUACUGCCCUGUCGUGGCUCCACAGCAGAAUUAGAUUAGUAGGUAAAAAUAAAAUAAUCCUCCUUUACAGUAAAAUAAAGCUCUGCUGAUCGUUCAACACAGUUUAACAAUAAAUGGUCUUAAACUCUGGAGUUAAUGUAGAACUGCUAAUUCACCCUUAACCCUGAAGAUCAGCGCAGACUGGUCACCAUAGCAACACAGACAACAAUCUCGCCUAGCCAAUGAAAGGGCAAAAAAGGGAGAUUUAAAAUGUUGAUAAUUUGGAGAGGAAUGGACUUAUUAGUGUUUAUAAUCACUCCAGCUGGUUUCCUGAUACGUUUUAAUCUGCAAUGAGAAACUGACAAACACUAAAAAGUGGCAAAGC